UGAAGACAAAAGUGGAAGAGCCAAAGACUUCUGCUGCCAUCCUGCCUCUUUCCCUCCUUCCCCUCUUCCUCGAGUCUAAUCUCAGAUCAAGAAAAAGGAGAAGAAGAAGAAGAAGAAGAAAGAAGAGUGGAAAAAUAAGCGGGUCAGCGAACGCGUCUGUGCCUGUUUACCCCACGACAGAGGUUGUCUUCUAAUGCACCUCUUGUUCGCGGUGAGACCGGUGCCAUCUCGUGACCUAUCGCCGCAACCCCAACCCUUUCUGUUCUUCUCCUCUGCCUCCGGGUCGGUCGAUCGGUCGAUCGGCGUGGUGGUGGGGGGUUUUCUCGUGGGAUGAUGGAUAGGACUGCCCCCAACAGCCAGGUCGGUUCGGACCGAGUUGUCCGCGUGCAAGCACCGCUGGUUGAUUCUGUAUCAUGCUAUUGCAAAGUAGAUGCUGGCUUGAAAACAGUAGCAGGAGCUAGAAAGUUUGUUCCUGGAGCUAAGCUGUGUCUCCAACCUGAAAUUGUACCCCAUGGACCAAGAAUAAGGAACUCCCGCAGGGAGAGGAGCAGAACCCAGGCACCUCUACUGCCUGGCCUUCCUGAUGAUCUUGCUAUUGCUUGUUUGAUUCGGGUUCCUCGAGUUGAGCACCUAAAUCUUCGAUUAGUUUGCAAAAGAUGGAACAGACUUUUGUCUGGAAAUUACUACUACUCCCUAAGGAAAAAGCUUGGGAUGGCAGAGGAAUGGGUGUAUGUUAUCAAGAGAGCCCGUGAUGGAAAGAUAUCCUGGAAUGCUUUCGAUCCUAACCAUCAACUCUGGAGGCCACUUCCACCGGUACCUGCAGAUUAUUCCGAAGCACUCGGCUUUGGUUGCGCUGUUCUCAGUGGUUGCUACCUGUACCUAUUUGGGGGUAAAGAUCCAUCAAAGGGUUCAAUGAGGCGUGUGGUCUUUUACAAUGCCCGGACAAACAAGUGGCACAGAGCUCCGGACAUGCUUCGAAAACGCCAUUUCUUUGGCUCCUGUGUUGUAAAUAACUGCCUCUAUGUUGCUGGUGGGGAAUGUGAAGGGAACCAGAGAACUCUUCGUUCGGCCGAAGUUUAUGAUCCUAACAAGAAUAGAUGGACAUCUAUUGCUGAAAUGAGCACUGGGAUGGUGCCCUUGAUUGGGGUUGUUUACGAGGGUAACUGGUUUCUCAAAGGGCUUGAUUCAGAUGGUCAGGAUGUGAGUGAAGUCUAUGCACCAACUACCAACACAUGGUCCACAGUUAGUGGUGGAAUAGUUACAGGCUGCCGAAAUCCCAGUAUUUCAUUGAAUGGAAGACUUUAUGCAUCAGAUUGCAGGGAUGGAUGCAAGCUUAGAGUCUAUGAAGGAGCUACCGAUUCAUGGAACAAGUUUAUGGACAGUGAACAUCAUCUGGGAAAUUCUAAGGCCUUUGAGGCUGCAUCAUUUGUCUCUCUCAAUGGAAAGCUUGGUAUCAUCCGAAACAACAUGAGCAUCAGCCUCAUUGAUGUAACAAACCCAGUAAGUAGCAUAGAAACAAAUAGUGCUCGUGUGUGGGAGGCCAUUGCAGGGAAAGGCCAACUGAAGAACUUUGUUUCAAGCUUAUGGUCAUCUCUCGCAGGUCGCAGUUGGUUAAAGGAUCAUAUUGUUCACUGUCAGGUGCUUCAAGCUUGAUAGCUCUUGUGGAAUGGAAGACAAACGGCAGGUAGUUCCUUGAUCAGCCCACGUAGCAGCUGGUGACUAAUCAACCUCAACAUCUUAAACAGAGAAAUUUGCAGCAUGGCUCUUCAUUCUCCUACCCCUAGUUGUCUAUCUUGACAUCUGAUAUCUUUAUUUUGGGGGUUCCAAGUAUGACUACACCAGUUACCUGCGAAAUAAGGAACAUGCUUGAUUGCCGAGAUUGAGGACUAAAUAGGAACUUUUUGCAAUGGCCUAUUGAGAAGUUGUGUGCUUCAUGGAAUGGAAAGCAAGGCAAGAUAAUCCUCAUGAACAUGAGUUCAUAAUUGGACAAACCGGGAGUGAUCAGAAAUAUCACGGCCAUGGAAUUUAACCAAAAGCAUAUGGAACAAUGGGUGAUGAAAUGAAGUUGAAAGUUAUAUUUAAUACUUGGAGGCAACUUCCAUUCUGGUUGUGAACCAGGAGUUGUUGGAAAUAUUAUGGCCGUGAAAUUAAACUGAAAGCAUAUGAAAGAAAGGGUGAUGACAUGCAGUUUAAAGUUAUAGAACUAUGAGGUGAUACUUGGAGACAACUUCCAUUCUGAUUGCAAAACCAGGAGUCAUCAGAGAUAUUACGUCCAUGGAAUUUAUCCAAAAGCAUAUGAAAGAAAGGUUACCGGCAUGCAGUUUAGAGGUAUACAUCUGUCUGUUAGUUCUCAUGGUCAUUAACUUCGGAUUAUUGGAAAAUCAAACAGUAGGCAUUACCAUGACAGAAAAGCCACUGCAUUUCUGGUAGAUUCGACUUCCUGGUGUCAUGCUACAAUGUCCUUUUCAGCUAGUAGAAUCUAUCGUCUGUCGAUGAGUAAUUGAUGGAAGUCCUCUGACUCCCUCCUCUCUAUGCACAUUCAGCAUAUAAUCGAUCAUACAUGAAUAUCUGAUGGGGUUUUGCCUGGGGAGAUCUUUCACUCAGUGAGCCGCAUAGUGGUCAUUCGAAGCAGUGAUUAUCCUAUACCAACAACAAAAUCUGGUGAAUCUGUUUCGAAAGCAUUGCUUUAAAUUUGUUCCGUUUGAGGGAAGCUAAAUGGUCAACAUUAAGUUCCAAGUGGAUGGGAAGAACUUUGAACUGAUGACGAUAGAAAACUAAUGUAUCUGGCUAAGAAUCAAAGGGUUGUUUGCCCGAGCUUGAAGGAUUGCCCCAGUCGUAGACCAACAGCCACCCUCCCUUGGGUGAGCGGUCCUACAUUUGAGGUAGCUUCUGCCCCUCUUGUAGCUUGUUUGCUUGCCCUUUUCAUUGUUGUGUGUAGUGGUGCAGAUCUAGCUGUUUUAGCAUGGAGAUUAAACA